AUGGAUGAGAACUCCCCAGAGGCCCCAGUAAACCGUGACGAGUCAUCGCGCUGGUCCAUCCCACUGCCCAAGCCGAGGCACAAUCGCAACGGUUCCCCGGAUAGUGCACACUCUCGGUCGUCUUCGCAUUCGAAAGCUUCGAUCCAGGAGCGCCUAUUCACCAAGCUUCUUCAACAGGUCAUCCCAACUGAUGAUGACGAUGAUGAACCAAGUCCUGAAGACAAGGCCGCAACGGCUUCUCCUAAGAAGCCAGCAUUCAGUCUACCGGUCAUGACAAAUAAUUUUCGACGCUUUAAUGCUAGAAUUGGUGUGGUUUUCCUGUUCCAGGAGCAAGUAGAGCGCCUGCUCACCUGGAAGACACCGACCCAUACCCUCUCCUUUCUUUUCGUGUAUUCCUUCAUCUGCCUAGCUCCACAUUUGCUGCUUGUGCUACCGCUGGUGGUAUUACUACUCUUUAUUAUGGUGCCUGCGUUUUUGGCUCGCCAUCCUCCCCCGCCCUCAACAUCUACUUCUAGUACAACUCCUUACUAUUCCUACGAGGGCCCUGCUCUGGCUCCAGCAAAGACUAUCAAGCCUGCGCCGGAGACCUCGAAGGAUUUCUUCCGUAAUAUGAGAGAUCUCCAGAACUGCAUGGCCGACUUCUCAGAUGCGCAUGAUGCCGCCGUUUCUCUUAUCGCUCCUCUGACAAAUUUCUCAAAUGAAAAGCUCUCGUCUGCGCUUUUCCUUGGCUGCACCGUUGCUACAGCUGUGCUCUUUCUGUCUGCGCAUCUUUUACCAGUCCGGUUUUUCAUGCUUGCGGCUGGUAAUGCAGGCAUAUUGAUGAAUAACUCGACCAUUCGGCAAUUCGUCAUGAACCUAAUGCAAGACGUUAGUGGUAUAGAGGACCUGGAUCCACUUGAAGAAACCGCCGAAGGCAAAGAGCUCUUUGGCCAACCUGUUCCAGAAACCCCGUCUGCAGCAGUAUCCGCCCUGGAGAAAUUAGCAGAUAUUUCCCUCGAUACAGAUCCAGAGGAGCGAGAAGUUGAAAUCUUCGAAAUUCAGUAUCGAGCCUCUGGCUCUUCAGAGUCCUCAUGGGAAAAUUACCUGUUCAGUCCCCAGCCAUAUGACCCACUGUCACCAUCACGUAUCGCUGGUGACCGACCCCGGGGUUGUCGCUUCUUUGACGACGUCCGACCACCAAAUGGAUGGAAAUGGAAGAGUAAGAAGUGGCAACUUGAUCUGGAUUGUCGCGAGUGGGUGGUCGAGCGUAUGAUUACUGGCGUUGGAUUUGAGAUUCCGGGCAUGGGCCCGGAUGGCAGUGCUUUAGUAGACGAAAUUGGAGGUUGGGUAUGGGAUCUCCCUUCCGGGUCUGCGGAAACGCAUGGUGAUGAUAUCACAGCAUUGGCUUAUGGUGACCUCGAAGAGGUUAAGUCUGUGAACCAGCCUCCACCACCCAAGAUUGAAGACCGCCAAAGGCGGACCACACAAGACUGGGAGGUCACAAACUCUACAGCUUAUGGAGUUGGGGAAUGGAGACGCCGUCGCUGGGUGCGAGUUGUUCAACGAGUCAACCUCCCACGCACUAGCACUGUCCCAGUGACAUACUCGACCCUUGCUCAUUGA